AUGGGAGCAUCGACCCGUUUCAUGCCCUUCAUAUGUCCGCCGGAAGAGGACGAGUACGGCACAAUCGUUGAAAGUUUCACAGUUGACGCUGUAACUGAGAACAUCUGGGACGAACUGGACAACGGAGAAAAAGAAUGCAAUGCCGUGGAAGACGAGGAGAGAGAGGAAGAUGACGACUCCCUCUAUGAAGACCUUUACGAUCCUUAUCCUUUCUAA